GAAAGAAAAACAAAAUUAUCCAUGUAUGCAAAUUAUUGAUCAAGAAGGGAUUUUUGCAGAUGAAAACCAAAAAGAUAGAAUCACAUUUGAAGAGUUUAUUCAAGAAAAUACAAAAUUUAAAGAAUUAGGAUUUAAUUAUAAUAUGUUAAGCAUUCUUGGACCACAAAAUAGUGGAAAAUCAACAUUAUUAAAUUAUUUAUUUGAUACAGACUUUGCAGUAUUAAAUGAAAAGAAUGGAAGACAAAGAACAACAAGAGGAGUUUGGUUAGGACUAGUUGGAGAUAGAAAAGAUAUUAUAAUUAUGGAUUUGGAAGGGUCAGAUGGAUCAAUAAGAGAAGAUGAUUUAUCAUUUGAAAGAAAAAUAUCAUUAUUUAGUUUAUCAGUUUGUAGUGUUUUAAUGGUUAAUAUAUGGUCACAUGAUGUUGGUAGAUAUGGAGCAUCAAAUAUGUCAUUAUUAAAGAAUAUAUUUGAACUUAAUUUACAACUCUUUCAAAAAGAAGAUUCACCUAAAACAUUAAUUCUUUUUGUUAUUCGUGAUAGAGAUCAAAGAAAACCAUUUGAAAACACUAAAAGUGUAUUAUUAGAAGAUAUUAUGAAAAUUUGGGAAAGUGUUGCACGACCAGAAUGUUUUAAACGUGCACCUAUUGAUAAAUUUUUUGAUUUAGAAUUUACGUCAUUACCUCAUUUUAAACAUGACAAAGAAUUAUUUAUUCAAGAAGCAAAAGAAUUAAAAAAAAGAUUUGAUUGUAAAAACCAAAAUACUUAUUUUAGACCAAUUUAUAAUAAAGAAAUUCCAGCAGAUGGAUUGGCAUUAUUUACAAAACAAGUAUGGAGUGCAAUUAAAUCUAAUAAAGAUCUUGACCUUCCAAGUCAAAAAGAAAUGUUAGCACGAUUUAGAUGUGAUGAGUUGAUUGAAAAUAUUUUUAAUGAAUUUGAAAAAGAAAUAGAAGAAAUUAAAAUACAACAUUCUGAAAAACAUAUUUUUAAUAAUUUUAAGAUAUUUUGUGAUUGUUUAUAUGAUAAAAAAAUGAAAGAAUUUAUGAAUGUUGCAUCUAAAUAUCUCGAUAGAGUUGUUAAAGAAAAAGCUGAUCUUCUUAGUGAAAAAAUGUUAAAUGAAAUAUCAUAUUUGUUUCAAACUCAAAUGACCCUUGCUAUUAACUAUAUUAAAACAAUGCUUACUACAAGUUAUUUCACUUUAAAAAAUCAAUAUAUCACAGAACAAUCUUCUCUUUUUGACCCAACAAAAUAUGCUGGAUAUGCAGAACAAAUGGAUGAUUUUAAUAGUACAAUUAAAAAUGAAUGGGAAAAAAUAUCAACUCAAAGCGUUCCUUCUAAUAUUGAAAAUAAUUUUGAAAUAGAAAUUAAUACAUUAGAUCGAUUUAUUAAUAAAUUAUAUGAAAUUGGAAGAAGAGACCUUAUUGAAGCUUUAAUGACUCAUUUUAAAAAGCAUUUACAAAACAUUAUGAAACCACUUCUUCUUCCUUUAUUUGAACAAUCAAACCAAAACAUGUGGGAACAAGUUAGAAAAGUUGUUAUUGAAACUACAAGUCAAAACCUUCAAGAAUUAGAAAAUGGAAUGAUUAAUUCAUUAAAAAUGAAUAAAGAUGAUGUUGAAAAAAAAUUAAAUGAACUUCAAGUUUAUAUUAUUGAUGCUGUAAGAUCUACAAUAUUAGAAAGACCAGGAUUUGUUAGUAAUUUAAUGGAAAAUAAAUUUAUUUCUAUCUUUAGAUUAGACGAUGAAGGUUUACCAAAAAAAUGGAAACAAAAUGAAGAUCUUAGUAAACCAUUCUUUAAAGCUAAAGAAGAAGCUGAAAAAAUUCUUGACUUAUUUUCUUAUAUUAGAAUGGAUCCUAAAGAUGAUGAAUUAUCUUUUAUUUCUAUUAACCCUGCAACUGGUAAAAAAAUGAUUAUUGAAGAACCAGAAAAUGGAACUAUUGAUCAAACUAAAGUUCUUUUUUCUUUAAGUGAAAGACUUAGUAUUUAUGAAGGAUUUCAAAAUAUGGCUGAAUCUAAUUUUAUGAGAGCACAACAAGAACUUGCUGCUAUUACUGUUCAUUCAAAAACUCCAAUGUGGUUAAUUCUUCUAAUUGCAUUCUUAUCAUUUGAUAAUAUAGUAUAUGUAUUCAAAUCUCCUACAUUACUUGCAUUAACUUUAAUUAUUAUUGGUAUUAUUUAUUCAUUAAAUAAAAUAGGUUAUGCUUAUUUGAUUGACUCUGUUAUUUCUUACAUUCUUAGUAUUUCUUGGUCAAGUGUCCUUUAUCUAAUUCAAGACCUUGGAUUAUUUAAAAAUCUCUUACCUAAACCUGAAGCUCCAAAAAGAAAAAGACCUCAAAAGAAAACUCAAGAUGAUAAACCUAAAUCAUCUAUUCUUUUAACUCAUAAAAAACAACCUUCUGUUAUGGGUGAUGUUACAAUGGAUAACAUUGACUCAUUAAAUUCUUUCGAUGAUGCAUUUAAAUUAGUCAGUCAAGAUGAAAAACCUGUUAGAAAACCUUUCCGUCCAUUACCUAAUAGAGAAACUCAAUCAAUGAAAGUUAUGCCUAUGUCAGCUUCAUUUACUAAGUCUCAAUCAAUGUUCAUCAAACGAAAUCCUACUACUGCUUCUUCUCUUAAUAAAAUAAAAGAAGCAAAUGAGUUUUGA